UCCAUAACAUCCUUUAUUUUACACUGGUCCAGCUCGCAUCUGCUAUAUUUCAAUCUCCAGCUUACACACCACUUACAGUACUAUCGCAUAUCCCUUACACACACAUUUAAUCCCUGACAAAAAACGUUCAAAAUGGCUAUGGCCCCGCCCCGCAAAGGCGAGAACUGGGAACUUCGCCAACAGCUGAACUCAGAGUACAGGGAUAAGCGGGCAGAUGCUAUCAAGAGAGUCAUUGCGAACCAUACCAUUGGCAAGGACUGUAGUGGCUUGUUUCCCGAUGUCGUCAAGAAUAUGCAAACAGAUGAUCUGGAGCAAAAGAAACUCGUAUAUUUAUAUCUCAUGAACUAUGCGAAGACACAACCUGAACUCGUUAUCCUUGCUGUCAACACUUUCGUCAAGGACACUGCCGACCCCAAUCCUCUUGUUAGAGCUCUUGCCAUCCGCACCAUGUCCAUCCUUCGCGCCGAGAAAAUCCUCGAUUACCUCGCUUCACCUUUAUCUCGAUGCCUCAAAGAUGAGAACCCCUACGUCCGAAAGACUGCUGCUCUGUGUGUCGCCAAAGUGUUUGAUUUGAAGCCAGAGCUGGCUAUCGAAUACGGGUUCAUUGAAACUUUGAGAGAUCUUAUCGGCGAUGGUAAUCCUAUGGUUGUUGCAAAUGCCGUUGCCGCACUCGGGGAUAUUCACGAGGCUUCUCUUAACCUUCCUUCUUCUCAGCCCGGCUCGCCAAAUGACGAUGAAUCUCCUAGCAGUGUCCGUCCCAAUCAAUCCCUUUUCAUCAUUGACCCCGCUACCCUUACCAAACUCCUUGUCGCUUUGAACGAAUGUUCUGAAUGGGGUCGUAUUGCCAUCCUCACCACCUUGGCGAGAUAUAGGACAAAUGACGAGAAGGAGAGUGAACAUAUCUGUGAAAGAGUGAUGCCCCAGUUUCAGCACGUGAAUGCGGCAGUUGUGUUGGGUGCGGUAAAGGUGAUCAUGAUUCAUAUGAAAAAUGUCACCAAGGAAGACCUUUUGAAGUCUCUUACUCGAAAAAUGGCUCCUCCAUUAGUCACCCUUAUCUCCUCACCGCCCGAGGUGCAAUGGGUCGCACUUCGUAACAUCAACCUCCUCUUGCAGAAACGUCCCGAUAUCCUUGCCAGCGAGAUGCGCGUUUUCUUCUGCAAAUAUAACGAUCCUUCCUACGUCAAGGUGGAGAAACUUGAGAUUAUGGUUAGAUUGGCGAACGAGAAGAAUGUGGACACUUUGCUUGGGGAGCUGAAGGAAUACGCGUCGGAAGUUGAUGUCGAUUUUGUUCGCAAGGCUGUCAGGGCGGUUGGCCAAGUUGCUAUCAAGAUCGAUGAGGCUGCCGGGCGAUGUGUCGAAGUAUUGAUGGAACUGAUCGAGACAAGAGUCAGCUAUGUCGUACAGGAGGCUGUCAUCGUCGUCAAGGACAUCUUCCGAAAAUACCCCCACUCAUACGAAGGUAUCAUCCCGGCGCUCUGUGCUAAUCUUGAGGAAUUGGAUGAGCYUGAGGCCAAGGCCUCUUUGAUUUGGCUCAUCGGCGAGUACGCAGAGAAGAUUGAGAAUGCGGACGAGUUGCUGGGAGCGUUCUUGGAGACUUUCAGUGAGGAAAGCUAUCCUGUUCAACUUCAAACCCUUACUGCGAUUGUCAAGCUGUUCCUCAAGAAACCUGAUGAAAGCCAGGCUAUCGUCCAAAAAGUGCUUCAAGCUGCUACAAAGGACUGUGACAGCCCAGACGUCAGAGAUAGGGCCUACAUAUACUGGAGAUUGCUGUCAUCCGACCCCGCCGCUGCCAAGUCUGUUGUUUUGUCAGUCAGACCACCUAUCAGUCUUCCUCAAACGACUGUCGCUCCUGCAAUCCUUGAGGAGCUUAUUGGCGAAAUCUCGACAUUGGCGAGUGUGUACCACAAGCCUGCGGCUACGUUCAUAGGCAAAGGUCGUUUGGGUGCAGACGAGAUGCACAAGAAGAGCUUGGAUGCCGAGGACGAUGUCUCACGCGAAAAGGCUCUUCAAGCUGUCGUUGCCGGUAACCAAGCCGAAAACCUGCUCGACUUUGACGACGAACCUACUCCUACCAACGGCGAAUCUUCCAUCCCUGCUCCGGGUGCGGGUUUGGGCAUCUCUUCUCAGGCUAUUGCGAGCGCAGCCAAGAGCACGAACCCGUUAGAUGAAUUAAUGGACUUGUUCUCCACUGCUAGCAUGACAACACCAGUCGUUCAACCUGGUCAGCCUGCAGCUCAGGCUCAAACGUCAGCUCAGAGUUCAGGGGGUUUGGGCGGGUUAAAUGGAUUGGCAGGGCUGUCUAGCCCACCGCAGAGUGUAUCGCCGCAACCCGGAGCUCCGCAAAGCCAGAAACAACAACAGCAGGCGGCGGCUCAAGAUGAUUUGUUGGGGUUGUUUUAGAUGAAUAACUGAAAAUGUAUGUUGAUAUGGGUCUUCAAGUGGUAAACGCCGCUUUCGUGUCGCAGUUGAGCUGAGUGAAGGCAUUGUGGCGGAGACACUUAAAUAAGAUGUAGAUGUGAGUUGAUAGCACAUAUUUUGCACGUAUUUCAAAGAUAUGGCAAUUCAAGUCGAAAAAUCAAACCCAUCAGACAUUCAAGUUCUACAUCCCCUGCCCGCCGACCUAGACAGAUGCCUACAAAGCACUACCCGAUGCGUGUCCUUCGAUGGAACAACAAAAUGCGCUGCUUUGUUUAACUUUUCCAUUGGAUACCCGUGGCUAUCCUCGCAACUGCAACCGGCAAGCUCAGCCUCAAUCUAUAGUACCACCCAUAUUGACAGAUUUGGCCGGAUCAUCCAAUUUUAUUGUUUCCAGCACACGCAUGGAUGGUCGGGAACUGAUGGAAGCGUGGGCAGGAAAAAAACGUGUCGAGGGUCCUUUGGCCACGGCUUCGCAGUGAUUUUUCGAGGACGCAUCUGCAAGACGACAAGAUAAAAGCCAUAUACAGUCACAGAUGAUAAUGAUAUGCCAAU